GCUUUUCUACGAGCGGGACUUCUCGAAAUCCCUGGAUGCGUCUGUGGUUCAGGUGGAUGGCGAAAUGGACUGGGUGAACAGUCACUUCCGCAACAGCAUGGACGUUCUUGAUGGUUUCUACGCCCUGCUGGUUGGAGAAUGGUGCGGUGAUGACAAGAUCUUCCAAUACUGGCAGAAGUAUUUCCAGAAGGGCCCGGAGUGGAUCUUGGCGCAUGCGCCCAUAGUCCAUUUCAUCGCCGAGUGGAAGCCUUGGCGCCUGACCACGCCCGAGCAGCUGCAGCGAAA